GAAACCUGAAGCACGCGCGCGCGGGGACCUGAAGUCAUUGACAAGAGUCCGACAUGCGAAUAUCGCCGACGCUGCCAAAAUGCUCUCAUUCAUCCUGAUUCAGAAUCGCCAGUAUGUCCAGUCGCCUCCGAUGCAGAGAACGUGUAGAGAAAAAGCUCCCGCUGACAUAUCGCCCGCGCCAUCCAGGGGCAAGACCCGUCUCGCGAAGUGGUACGCACCCUACAGCGACGAUGAGAAGAUCAAGAUGAAGGGCGAGGUCCACCGCCUCGUCGCCCCCCGAGACCAAAAAUACCAGUCCAACUUCGUCGAGUUCCGCAACAACAAGAUCGUCUACCGCCGCUACGCAGGCCUCUUCUUCUGCGCCUGCGUCGACACAAACGACAACGAGCUCGCCUUCCUCGAGGCCAUCCACUUUUUCGUCGAGGUACUCGACGCCUUCUUCGGCAACGUCUGCGAGCUCGACCUCGUCUUCAACUUUUACAAGGUCUACGCCAUCCUCGACGAGGUCUUCUUGGCCGGCGAGAUUGAGGAGACGAGCAAGCAGGUUGUCUUGACGAGGUUAGAACACUUGGAUAAAUUAGAAUGAGUAAACUGUCCGGCGUGAAGGAUUCCCGGCACGGUCCGGUGUUGUAGAAGACUGGAGGGGUCGCGCUCGUCCGGUCUGGGGCUUAAUCACGUUUGGAGACUGGCGGACUUCUGCACUGUCAUAUAUGGGCGUACGGGUGGGCUGGAGUCUGGAGUUUCGCCAAGAGCAAUACGCACGCGACUGGCUGCAACGUCAUUUGACAAACUUUUGAUUUCGUGGGAAAUAAUGCUAUGUAAAGCAAUUUCAGGGAUAACCUCCCCUACUGGAAUCAAAAAAACGGUGCAUCAUCUUCUCCCUGUAAUCUCAACCCAGCUGUCCUUGAAGAAACCUGCUGGGCAAAAUUCCGAGGAGAUGAUACGGCUAGAUGCUCGGAAGCAUCCUUGAUACAUCUUCGGGACGUGAGAAAGACGUCCACAUCGGCAAAUGCAGUCAGGCUGCACACCCAUCCGACUGCCC